ACGUGGUGAGGUUUUGAAUCACUAAUCCGGUUGUAGACUGAUCACCAUGGUUGAGACCCGUAGUGGGAUAGACAUUAGCCCCUACACCAAGGAGCAGCAAGAAAAGAUGGCCGCCUUAGUGAAAGAGAACAAGGAGAGGAAGGAGCUCUUGAAUCAGGAGAAGUUAAAGGCGAUCGCAGAAGAGCAGGCGGCAAAGAUGAAGAAGUUAGAGGAGGAGAUGAAGAGAGUUCAACAGGAGGAGGAAGAGAGGAGAAAUGUUGUCGAAGAAGAAGUAGCAGCAGAAAUGGAGAAAGAGAGGAUGUGUAUUGAGAGUAGAGAGGGGAGUAGCGGCACGAAAAAGGAUACAGACGCUGAGAUGGAGAAGAAGAUAAGUGAGUGGGUCGCUAAUUUAUCGCUGGGAGAAGACGAGGAGGCAGAGUCUUAUGUGACUCAGGAGGAGAGGGAUGUGCUAGCCAGUGAGCUAGCAGCAAUGAAAGAUCCUAUGAAACGGCGAGAAAGGGAGGAGGAGCAGAAGUUGGCGUGGAAGUUAAGGAUGAAGAGGGAGAAGAAGAGGAGGAGAGAGGAAGUGAACAAACUGACCGCAGAGGUGGCAAAGGUGCAGGAGUGUAGAAAGGAAGUGUUGGCCCAGCCAGAUGACAAGGCCAAGUGGGAUAAGGUGUUGGGCUACCUAGAGGUGCUGAGCACCGCAUGGAUGGAGGAGCGCCAAGCGAGUUGGAGCCAAGAGGUAGCCCUGAGUGACAUGCGGUCGGGAUUCUGGGACUUUGCGCGCGAGAUCGUCACCCACAUUGAGGGCGAAGUCAGGCAAUUGAGGGGCAACGUAGGGAAGUUCUGUGAGGGCGUCAUUGAGGGUGCCAAAGCAAUAGCUGUUGUAGAGGGCGAGGGCAGACCCCGUAAAGAGUCUGUAAAGCUCAAGUUUCCAGACGCAUACGGGGUAAAGAAGGAGGAGAACUUUGACAACUGGGAGACCAGUGUCAAUAGUUACAUAUAUCGACAACACAUUUUGUCAGAGGAACAAGUCCUCCUGGCCUUCCAGGCCCUCAAGGAUGAGCCAGCUAGUUUUGCCAGGUCCCUUGCGCGCACAGCCGGUUGUGAAAACAACCUGGUUGCAUAUUCAAGAGUCACCCCCCUUCCUCGAUUCUUUAAGCUCCUGAAGGAAUGAUUUGUUGACCCAACAAGAGGCGUUGGCGCCUCUGAUAAGCUACAAACCAUCCACUCGCGACAGUGGAGGAGUACGAGUGCACUCAAGGGCACCAUGGACGACUAGGUAGCCGUCCCAGACCAUGGGCUCACUGAGAAUCAAUUGGUCCAGUUGUUUUAUCGUGCCAUGCUCGAGGCCCUGCGUGGGCAUUUCUUUAACAAAUCUCAACAGGACGG